CGCUCCUUCGACUUGUUCCUUGGCCUACGCCAGGGAACAAUAGCUUUGGCAGCAAUGCAACCUCGUUCAUUCAAGAUUCAUCCAGCAGCUUAUUCCGACUUGCAGCGUCGCGGGUUAUGUUCCCCGAACCUUGUCGCAUGGUGUGCUCUGCACCCUGAAUCCCGAGACAUGGAGACUAUAAAUUCGAGCCUGUGUCCGCAUCGCAUCACGAUCAAUCAACCACAGCCAUUGAACCAAAACAAACGCACUCGUUAAUACCAUCAUCAUAAUCAACUCUAUCACCAUGAAGUUCGAGCUUGCUUCCUCUCUUCUUCUCCCCUUCCUAGCGGCCGCUGCCCCAACCGACAGCGGCGCUUCCGCACCAGCUGAGAACCCCACGGCCUUCACUGUUAUGUCCAGUCGCUCCGCGUCUCCCAUCCACCUUCUCCCCAUGAACGCCGCAGGCCAGUCCUUUUGGCUAGGAGGCGAACCAGGCACUUACUGCCCGCUCACCUCUGGCUGCCCCCCGGGUAACAUGACUGUCCUUGCCGGAAACGGCGGUUCAUUGUCCGUAGUCGUCCCCGGUGGGCAACAAAUCUACGUCAGCCCCGAAGGCGCCCUGAAAUUCACCCAGGCUCAUUCCGCCUACAUCCCAACGGGUUCCUCUCUCGGUCCCUUUGAAUACGAGGCCGGCGCCCCCGGAUCCGCCUUCGGCCACUACCUCUACACCGGUUGGGGCGCGUCCGGGUUCAUGGCUUGCCCGACUAGCGAUGAAAAGUGGCAGGUGUUUGCGGCGCUGCAGAACGCCACCGUCCCCUCUGGGAGUGUGGAUGACUGCUUGGGGUUCUCGGCGCUUGCCGUGCCCACGGAUGAUGCAGGGAAUACCUGGCAGUAUAUUUAGAUACUUUAACCGGUAAAAGGUUGAGUUUACUUGGUUGGUGGGCUGGUUGGUGUUGUG